GAUAGCAGCUGUUCUAAAUCAGAGCUGAGAGUCCAGAGUUUCAUUUCAUGCGGUCCUCAUCAAAACAGUAAGUAAUGUUCAUUUUCUCAAGUUUCUGCAACAUUACAAACAAAUGUGCAGUUCAUGCAGAUGUAUCUGAAAUUAUGUGGAGUAAGAGUGACUCUUGAAAACACUUAUGUGGGCUUAAUGAAUAUGAUUUGACGUUUGGCUUUACAAAUUAAAUCUAAUAUGGAUGGCAAAAAGGUAAUUGUGUACUACUUUGUACUGCAUCGGUUUAUUUUUGGUGCUCUGUAACUACCACAAAGUCUGCAGUUUACAACACGAAUGCCAAACAUUCAACAUGCCCCCGCUGGCGCUGUGAAAUGUGGAGGUAGACACCGGUCUGAUGGGGUGGGAUGAUGACUGGGAGGCGCCUGCCCUCUCAUUAACCCCCCGUUUCCUCCACACCUCUUUGUUUACACCUACAGGCCGGUCAAGUCCAGGCAGAAGCGCAGCAGUUCUGUAGGCUGCACUCUGCUCUCGCUGGGACGAAAACAAUGUUUGUUUCUGUGCUCAGCUUCGUUUUGUUGUUUGCUGUUUCUCAUGCUUCUGACACAGUGGCUCCUGCCCAGGUCGGGCCGCCGUCGCUGGGGUACAGUUCCUCGGUCCGCUCGGUGUGUAAACCCAUUCCGAGCACUCUGUCUCUGUGCCACGGCAUCGGCUACAGGCACAUGCGGGUCCCCAACUUGCUCGGCCAUGACACACUGAGGGAGGCCCAGCAGCAGUCGGCGGCCUGGCUGCCUCUCAUCUCCAAGCUGUGUCACCGGGACACGAAGAAGUUCCUGUGCUCGCUGUUCGCUCCGGUGUGUCUGCCGGAGCUCAGCGGGCCGGUCAGCCCCUGCAGGAGCCUGUGCGAGGCCGUGCGGGAUGGCUGCGUGCCCGUAAUGAGCGCUUUCGGGUUCCCGUGGCCGGAGAUGUUCAACUGCUCCCGGUUCCCGCGCGGGACCGAACUCUGUAUCCCGGCAACCGGAGAGCACGAGGUGCGGACGUUAGAGGAGAUCAGGCACGAGGAGGCGUUGAAAGGGAGUGUUAUCUGUGAUGCCUGUAGUCUGGCUGCUGAAGGAGAAACUGACAUCCAGGAAAAUUUCUGCCACAGUUCAUAUGCAUUUAAGAUGCGUCUGGGCAGUGUGUCGACAGUGGGAGGGGACCGUCAGCUGGUGCCUACGGCCCGUAGCCGCAUCCUGAGGUGGGCAGGAGGGGGUGCAGAAAGGGCAGAAGGGGUUGGAGGUGCAAUGGCCCACAGCGCUUUGUGGCUGCAAGAAGGAGGCACCUGUACUUGUCCUGGCUUAGACUCUACAGAGACAAAUGAAAACAGGGGGUUAGAGGAGGAUCAGAUGGAUAAGAGAGAGGCAAAAGAGGGAGGAAAGGUGGGAAAUGGGGCCCAAGGUGGAUGGUUCAUGGCCCUGGCACAGGCCGAAGAGGGAAGACUGGUGCUGACUCGACUGGUGAGGUGGAGCAGAGGCGACAAAGAGCUGAAGAAGUUCAUCAGAGCUCUCCUUAAACAGUCCUGUCCAGAGCUUUAGACAGGAGGUCAUCGACCAUUUCAGUCCUGCCCCGUGGACGUUGCUUUAUGCUCUUGUGGAGCGGUCUGGGGUUGUGUGUGGCUCAUAGCAACACACAGAAUCCAGUGUAGUUCCCAAAGAAUGAGUAAGGAACCAAUCAGGAAGUGGCUGCGAAAUAAUGUCCCACUAACAAAUAGUUCCCAGAUAACACUGAAUAAUUGCACUUGAGUGCAGAGUGUUAGAUACUAUGUAAAUGAGCCCAGUGUUUAAACAUUAGUUCACAGAUAAGUGUAAUUCUGCAUACCGACCAUUUUCUAGAUGAACCAUUCCUGAUUAACUCUGACAAAGGUGCUAAAUUCCACACAGUGGGAUUUGUCAAGUCUUCCUCAAUAAGUGCCUGUUAUUUUGUGUCACCAUUACUCAUCAUGUUUGCAAAAUAGAGCAUCUUUUUACAAAAUUGACAAGCUGGAGUUUUUACAGAGGAUGAUUAUUAGUUCAUGCAUGAGAAACAACAGUGAGCUGCUGUUUGUGGAUCUUGUUGUAACUAUCAGUUAUCCCUUAAUUCUGCAGAUCUCACACAGGCAGUAAGGCAUUGUUACAAAAGUUACUACCAUACAUGGCAAACACAGGUUGAUAUAAUUCCAACAGGGCCAAUAUUUGUGUAUUUUCUUGUAUUUUUGUGUACAUUUGUAUAUAUAGAAUCAGAAUCAAAGUGGUGAGUAGUUUUGGUUAUAAUUUCAUGGGUGUGCUGAUCUCAUCAGGAGUUUCCUAUUGGUACAUUUGUGAGUUGAAGCAGUGUAUUUGUUGUUAUUCCUGUUAAAAUGUUUUCUAACACUACAUAUUUUAUGAAACACUGUAAUACAUUUAAAGCAUGAUGGACCUGCAAUUUUUCUUUACUUUUAUUUUACCAUUUUCUUUCCUCAUUAGUUAAAGUCUCAGUGGUCUGAUGAGUGAAAUCACACGUCAAUGCCAUUAUCUCAAGUCACAUCGAAAGGGAAGGAAAAUGUGGUGUGAAUAGUAAGUCACUUAGAUCUGUGGGUUCCACUCUGUAGGUUUUUAAAUAUUGCAUUUAUAUUGUAUCAAUUUACACUGAUAUCACAUAAAUUAUGGUACUUUU